AUGGACAGUGAUCUCAAGAUGGAUUUGAGGAAAGUGAAGACAGCGAUUCAAGCAGGGUUUAAAGAGGUGAUUGAUAGGUCUGAGGUUUUGAAGUUGGGUGAGAGAGUGAAAGAGGAUUUGGAAAAGUUGAAGAGGAAGAUUGAGAAUCUUUCUACAAAUGUGGAGACUAGUGAAGCAGGUAGUGGGCUUAUUGGUACGCAGUUGCAGACACUUGCAUCCAAGAAGACUGACUUGGAUAAUGGUGCUGUGAAGCGAAUUCAGACAGCAGAGCAGGGACUUGAAGGUAAAUUUAAGACAGAGAUCCAACAACCGCUUAGCCAGGCGGUCGAAAAAGUUGACCAGGCGAUUAGGGAGCUUGGCGGGAAGUUUGAUCCACAGCAGGGUGAAAGGAAUAUUGAAAAGAUUUUCGGGUAUAUUAAAACAAAGGUUGGGGAAAUUAAGGGGAGUGAAAGAGACCAAAAAGGUCUGGAUGGAAUUGUUGCGAAAGUGAAGGCGCUUGCUAAUGCGUUCGUUAAUUCAGGUGGUAAUGGUUUUAAGCUUAGAGUAGAUGGAUGGUUGGAAGGUAUAAUAGGGAAUGGGAAGAAGCAAGGGGAAACAAACAGUAAGCCCGGGUUAGCAGCCGUGAACUCUUGGUUUCAGCAGUAUAAGGAGGUGGUUACGAAGAAAAGGUAUAAGGAAAACGAUUUGACAGAUCAGGUUAAGAACAAGAUUGUGCAACAGACAGAAAUCUCAAAAGCCAUUGCUGCAGCUCAGCUGAAGUUUAAUGAUGUAAGGGGGAGAAAUGACCAAUCUAAAAUUACCGGAAAUCUUAAGGCAAUCGUCGACGCUUGCGAGGAGUUUGUCGAAGAGCUUGAUAAGGAACUGACAAAUGGCAAAAUUGAUAACCUUGCCAAUCCCAUAGCCAGGAAGAUUCGCAGUUGGAUGAAUGGGCAGAGUCUUUGGAAUGGUGUAACCGAUGUCGAUCUCAAAUGUGCCGUCCGCUACAGCCUAGUUGCGCUCUGCGCUUCUGUGAGGCAGGUUGGCAAUGAGAUAAAUUCACUAGGUACCGACAAGUUUGGCGAAAUCUUGGACACUAUAAAGCCGGUUGUUGAUGGGCUAUAUAGUAAUCUUGAACAGGCGACAAACAAUUUCCCUUCCAAUCAAGAUGGCACAGCAAAGGCCGUGGACAGUAAGUUGCAGGCGGUGAGGGAUGAGGUUAGCCAGCUUGACAGCAAAUUCAGUCAAGUCAAACAUGAUCUUGAAGAAGCGGUUAAAGAACUUCCCGACGCCGUUGACAGUUUCAACGGUGCCGCCGAACAUCAGAUCAAGGAAGCCGCCAAGAUGGCGAUUCAGAAGGCGGCUAAUGAAAUUACUAGGGAUAGUGAUCCAAAGAAAAUUGAGCUGUCUCAAAAAAUGCAGACUUUCCAUGGUCAAUUCACUGCGAUCACCCAUAACAAAACUGGCCUCCAACCACAACUUGAGGGCUUACUUGAGAAGCACAUCGGGACGCAUGUUGAUCAGGCAGGUGUUCCACUUUUUCAUGUAGCAAAUACAUUCAUACUCUCAAAACUCUUUGAUAAAUACGGUAAGCAUGUUAGACAAGAUAAGAUUAGUGCUCUUACACCCGGUAAAACCCUAAAAGGCGAGGCAACCGAAGGCCUUCUUCCACUGGCGAUCGGGAACAUCAAGACGCAGGUGUUUGAUGUUGCUUUGCCAAUGAUCGAUCCACAAGCCAAAGGUGGGACAGCGACGAUUAACGAAGAUACUUUCACCGGUCCGUUCAGCACAAUUAAAGGAGAGCUUGAAGAGAUCAAGAAAUUGGUUGAGAAUAAGACGCAGCAGCAGCCGCCAGGACAGGACCAUGAUGGUGUAAAGGAUUUGUUAGAGAAGCUUCGGAAGGGGCUUGGCAAAGAGAAGUUGGAGAAAGCUGAUAAAGGUCUGCAAGAAAUUUAUGAUGAAAUUAAUAAGCUGCAAACCGGUAAGUUUGACAGUGAACCAAAAGCAAUUGACACAGCCGUCAAAGCAAUUAGGCAGCAGCUUAAAGACCUUAGAGAUAAAUUGCAAAAGAAUAACGGUGAGGAUGUUAUUUUGACCUUGACAGAGCUGCAGAGCAAGGGUCUUGAAAAACAAGAUUGGCAGAAUGGUAAAGGUCAACCUCUCAGUGGUCUUGGUAAAAUUCAUGGUGACCUUCAAGCAGAACUGAAUACGUUAAAAUACCAACCCGUAAAAAUAAACGACGCCAUAAAAGCAGUUAGGGAAGAGCUUAUUUUGAUCGGAAUUAAGUUGAAUCAUGAAAAAAUUCAUGAUGACGUCACGGACCGCUUGAAGGAGCUGGAAAGUAAGAUUGGGAAGGGAAUGGGCAUAGGUCUUGAAAUGAUUGCUAAAAAGAUUAACAAGCUCCAAAACGGCCCAUUUAAACAAGAUCCCCAAACCAUCGAUGAAGCCAAAGAAGCAAUUAAAAAAGAACUCAUUGCCCUCCAAGGUGAGUUGCACGGCACUCCAGGCAGAGAAGAUGUCAUUGAAACACUGAACGAUUUGAUGAACAAGGGGCUCGGUCGCUAUGCACUCUGGACACCUAACUACAAGGAUGCUAAAGGACUCAAAAAUAUCCAAAAGGAUCUUAAAAUUUCACAAGCUGUAUUGACCAAGCAACCUGAAAGAAUCGGCGGUGGCGUACAGUCAAUCACCAGUGAGCUUGAAAGGCUUCAGAAGCAGUUGAGUGAUGACGUCACCGAUAAGCUGAGAAAGCUGAAAGAAAGUGGCCUUAAUCACGAUAAAAAAACGUGGACAGAUAAAGGCAACAAUAUCAAUGGCCUCGUCAAGAUCAAGAAUCAACUUGAGAAGCUCAAAAACGGGGUCUUUCAGAACCUGAACACAAAAAUAGAGAACCUACGCAAGGCGAUUCGUGACUCCGCUGGGGAUGUCAGGGUCUUACUCACUAAGCAGAGGAAGGUGCCAUCAUUUCACCACGUCGACUACUUCGACGACGGCCCUUUAGAAGUACUGGACGUCAUAUAA